AUGGGGCCUCAGGCAAACACAGACUUGGGGCCCUCCACACCCUUGGUUCUGCCCCUCUGGUCUGAAGGUCUCUGCAAAAUGUCAGGCUGCAGCAGAAACGUGGACGACAUAAGGGCCCUCCUUCAGUCCUGCAAAAGCUUCGGUCCGCAGCAGAGGAUGAAGUUCUACGACAGCUGGGCAGAGACGUACGAACAGGACUCAGAGGUGAUGAACUACAGAGCGCCACAUCUGGUCAUAGACUUCCUGAACGCCAACUUCUCCGGGGAUCGUCAGGGGGCUCGGGUUUUGGACGUCGCCUGUGGAUCUGGAUUGGUCGCUAAGCUGAUGGUUGAACUGGGCUUCAGACUCUUUGUGGGAGUGGACGGCAGCAGAGGAAUGUUGGACCAAGCUGCCAAGACCGGCCUCUACCAGGACCUCAGGCUGGCCUUACUGGGAACACAAGCACUGCCUGCACAGACCGGUGCGUUUGAUGUGGUGAUCAUCGUCGGCGCGCUGCGUGACGGUUUCGUGCCGGUCAGCGUGGUCAGGGAGCUCUGCUGUGCCGCCAAACCAGGAGGCUUGGUUUGUAUGUCCAGAGUGGAUCCAAAGUCAGAGUCUGGAGACAGGUACAAGGCGUGUUUGGAGCGCGAGCUGCAGCUGAUGGAGGAGGAGGGGCUGUGGACUCAUGUGGUCUCUGCAGACAUGCACAGAUACAUGAUGGACGUUUACAACAGUUCUACUGAGGGGGAGCAGAACCAGCAGUACCUCAGUGGAACCAUGCAACUCUACAGGAAGUCACCACGUUAG